AUGGCGAUCAGGCAUUGAGCUGGAUCGAUAUGGACAUUUGCAUACCGCAACAGCAGUGUUCGGUCAUUCAACCCUGAAGCCUCUGUCUCUCAACCUGCCCACACUCGCCUCGCGGCUGACCAGGUGGCUGACAGUGUCAGCAGUAGAAGGGCCUCCUGCGACUCGUCCCUGCCAGGCCGAGCCGACGCACUAAAGCCAGCCGGGCCCACUCAUCCUUUGACCUUUCAGCCUAGGUCAGGCUGGCCAGUCGGUCUGUAUGUCUGUAGGUAUAUAUGUGUAUGUCGGUCUGUCGGUCGGCUGCGCCUGCCGGCCGGACACCUGCAGCUGCGGCGGCCUUAUUAUGCUGGCGCAAUUUGCGAGCCACUUCGCGCGCUGCCCGACCGCCCGCUCCGAGCGCUCCGCCGACUGCACACUUGA